AUGAACCACAACGACGAACGCAAUUUCGUGUUGCGGCCGACUCCAGAACAAAAGUUCCGCCAAGCUGUUGUCCUUCCAAUCAUCAAAGAAACCGUGCACGAGAAUCUUGCUGAUCAGACUUUCAAUUCUGAUACUGUCGAGGAGCUUUCGAAGACUGUCGCCGUAUCGAUUCGAACAAAAUUGGUCAACUUGCAAUACCCGCGCUACAAAUUUGUUGUGCAAGUUUACUUGUCAGAGCAGGCCGGCCAAGGGAUCACAACUGCGACUCAGAGUAUCUGGGAUGGCGAUUGCGACGGAUAUGUGCAUUAUCGGUACACAAACAACUCCAUUUGGUGCCAAGCCAUUGUUUUUGCCGUCUUCAGCUAUUAA